AGUCUUUUUAUUAGUUCAAUACUUCUUUUACUUUCAAUAUUAUUAAUUUCUUUUUUGAUUUUUAGUAUUUCCAAUUUAGUUUUAUCUGGGGAUUUUAAUUCAUUCUAUUUCUAGUUUUUUUUUUUGAGCUCUACCCUCUCUGAUAUAUUGUUAUAUGCACUCAGGGAUAUAAAUGUUCCUCUGAGCACUCCUUUGGUUGCAUUCCACUGAUUUUGAUAUGUUGUUACUCCAUUGUCAUUCUCUUCAAUGAAGUCUGGACUUGUUUCUUUGAUUUGUUCUUUGACCCACCACUUUUGAAGAAUUAGAUUAUUUAGUUUCCAAUUAAUUUUAAAUCUGCCUUUCAAUAAGCCCUUAUUAUUUUUUAUUGAAAUAGGGUCUGAAAAUUGCAUUCCUUCUGCUUUUCUACAUUUGUUUGCAAUGUUUUUAUGCCUUAGUGUACAUGGUCAGUGAUUGUAUAUGUGCUAUGUGCUAUUGAAAUGUUGCUAUAUUCCUUUUUCCCUAUUUAAUUUUCUCCAGAUAUCUAUAAGCUCUAAUUUUCAAACAUUUCAUUGAUUUUCCUUACUUCCUUCUUAUUUAUUUUUUGGUUUGAUUUAUCUAGUUCUGAAAAGAGAAGGUCAAAUUCCCCCACUUGUAUGGUUUUUGCUUCUAUUUCCUCCUUUAUCUCCUUUAGAAAUCUGAAUGCUAUACCAUUUGGUGCAUAUAUGUUGAGAACUGAUAUUUCUUUAUUUCUUCUGCAUUUCAUCAGAAUGUAAUUACCUUCCUUUCCUCUUUUAAUGCAAUCUAUUUUUGAUUUAGCUUUGUCUGAAAUCAUAAUUGUUACUCUUGUCUUAUUUGUCUCAGUUGUAGCCAAGUAAAUUCUACUGUACCCUCUUACCUUUAACCUGUAUAUGUCUACCUGCUUCAAGUGUGUUUCUUAUAGAGAACAUAAGGUAGGAUUAUGGCUUUUAAUCCAUCGUGUUUUCUACUUCCAUUUUAUUGGUGAGUUCAUCCCAUUCACAUUCAUGGUUAUGAUUACUGUCUGUCUAUAUAUUCCCCUCCAUUUUCAUUUCCUCCAUCGAUUGUGCCUUUUCUCUUAUCCUUCUUUCCCUCCCCUCCAACAUAUCUCUUUUAGUCAGUUUCCCCCCAUUGGAACCUCCCUAUUAUUACUUCCCUUCCCACCCACUUCCCUCUUGUUAUUCUCCUCUUCCUAUAGUGCCUUUUAAAUGACCCCAGAACCUCUCUCUCUCUUGUAUUGCUCCCCUCCCCACCAGUGCAUUUAUUACCCUUCUACUUCUCUAUAGGGAAGGAAACCAUUCUCUUCCCCAGUGGAUCUGAUUGUUCUUCCCUCUCUGAGUCAAUUCCAAUGAGGGUAAAUUUAACUAUUAGCUGUCACCAAACUCUUCAGCCCUUCCAUUAUAUUGAUCUUCUCCCCUCCUCCCCCGUGUGCUUCUUCUUGAACUUUGUGUUUACCAAUUUUUUUCUCCAUUCCCAUUACUCUUAGUAUUAACCUCUUUUUUACUAGUUUUUUAAUAUGUUUUGAUAUAUAAUCCUAUACACUGUACCUUCUAAGUAUACUUCUUUUUUCCCAUUUAUGUAUUUAUUUAUUUAGUCAAUUUAGAACAUUAUUCCUUGGUUACAAAAAUCAUAUUCUUUCUUUCCCUUCCCUCCCCUCACCCUUACCGUAACUGACACACAGUUCCAAUGGGUAGUACAUUUGUCCUUGAUCAAAACUUAUUUCCAUGUUGUUGAUGUUUGCAUUAGGAUUUUCAUUUAGAGUCUAUAUCCCAAAUCAUAUCCCCUCAACCCAUGUAAUCAAGCAGUUGUUUUACUUCUGCAUUUCUACUCCCACAGUUAUUCCUUUGAAUGUGGAUAGUGUUCAUUCUUGUAAAUCCCUCCAAGAUGUUUAGGAUCACUGCAUUGCCACUAAUGGAGAAGUCCAUUACAUUUGAUUGUAUUAUACCACAGUGUAUCAGUCUCUGUGUACAAUGUUCUCCUGGUUCUGCUACUUUCACUUUGCAUCAAUUCCUGGAGAUCAUUCCAGUUCCCUUGGAAUUCCUCCAGUUUAUUAUACCUUUGAGCACUAUGCUACUCCAUCACCAACAUAUACCAGAAUUUGUUCAGCCAUUCCCCAAUUGAAGGGAAACACCUCAUUUUCCAAUUAUUUGCCACCACAAAGAAUGUAGCUAGGAAUAUUCCUGUAGAGGUCUUUUUCCUUACCAUCUCUUUGGAGUACCAAACUAGCAGUGCAAUGGCUGGCUCAAAGGGCAGACAGUCUUUUAGCACCCUUUGAGCAUAGUUCCAAAUUGCCCUCCAGAAUGGUUGGAUCAAUUCGCAACUCUACCAGCAGUUCAUUUAUGUUCUGACUUUGUCAUAUCCUCUCAAGCAUUCAUUACUUUCCAUUGCUGUCAUGUUAGCCAAUAUGCUAGUUGUGAGGUGAUACCUCAGAGAUGUUUUGAUUUGCAUCAAUAUGAUUAUAAGAGAUUUAGAGCACUUUUUCAUGUGUUUAUUAAUAGUUUUGAUUCCUUUAACUGGAAAUUACCUAUUCAUGUCCCUUGCCCAUUUAUCAAUUGGAGAAUGGAUUGAUUUUUUGUAAAAUUGAUUUAGCUAACUCUUUAUAAAUUUGAGUAAUUAGACCUUUGCCAAAGGUUUUUGUUAGGAAGAUUGUUUCCCAAUUUGUUGCUUCUCUUCUAAUUUUGGUUGCAUUGGUUUUGUUUGUUCAAAACCUUUUUAAUUUGAUGUAAUAAAAAUUAUUUAUUUUACAUUUUGUGAUUUUUUUCUAACUCUUGCUUGGUUUUAAUAUCUUUCCUUUCCAAUAGAUCUGAAAUGUAUGCUAUUCUGUAUUCACCUAAAUUACUUAUAGUUGCCUUCUUUAAAUUCAAGUUAUUUACCGAUUCUGAGUUUAUCUUGGUGGAGGGUGUGAGAUGUUGAUCCAAACAUAAUCUCUCCCAUACUGUCUUCCAAUUUUCCUGUAGUUUUUAUCAAGUAGUGGGUUUUAGUCCCCAAAGCUGGGAUCUUUGGGUUUAUCAUAGACUCUUUUUCUGAGGUUACUUACCCCAUGAUUUUUCUGGAUAUCCUUAAUCUUUUGUUCUUCCAAAUGAACUUUGUUAUGGUUUUUUAUAAUUAAGUAAAAAAAAAAGUUUUUUUGUUAGUUCAAUGGGUAUGGCACUAAAUAAGUAAAUUAAUUUGGUUAGGAUGGUCAUUUUCAUUAUGUUAGCUCAUCCUACCCAUGAGCAAUCCGUGUUUUUUAAUCAUUUAGAUCUAGUUUUAAUUAUGUGGAGAGUGUUUUGUAAUUGUGUUCAUAUAGUUCCUGUUUUUGUCUAGGAAGAUAGAUUCCUAAAUAUUUUAUAUUGACUAGGAUGAUUUUAAAUGGAAUUUCUCUUUCUAAUUCUUGCUGUGGAGACAUGUUGGAAAUAUAUAGAAAUGCUGAUGACUUAUGUGGGUUUAUUUUGUGUCCUGUAACUUUGCUAAAGUUGUUGAUUAUUUCAACUAGCUUUUUAUUUGAUUCUUUAGGAUUUUUUAAAUAGACCAUCAUAUCAACGGCAAAUAGUGACAGCUUGGUCUCCUCGUUGCCUAUUUUAAUACCUUCAGUUUCUUUUACUUUAAUUGCUACUGUUAUUUUUUCUAGUACAAUGUUAAAUAAUUGAGGUGAUAAAGGGCAUCCUUGUUUAACUCCUGGUCUUAUUGGGAAGGUUUUUGGUUUAUCCCCAUUACAGAUUAUGUUUAUUUGUUGAUGGUUUAAGAUAUAUACUGUUUAUUAUUUUAGGAAAGGCCCUUCUAUUCCUAUGUUUUCUAGUAUUUUCAAUAGGAAUGAGUGUUGUAUUUUGACAAAGCCUUUUUCUCCAUCCAUUGAAAUAAUCAUGUGAUUUUUGUUGGUUUUCUUGUUAAUAUGGUCAAUUAUGUGGAUGGUUUUCCUAAUAUUGAACCAUCCUUGCAUUCCAGGUAUAAAUCUUAACUGGUUAUAGUGAAUAACUCGUGAUCAAUUGCUGGAGUCUUUUUGCUUGUAUCCUAUUUAAGAUUUUUGCAUCUAUAUUCAUUAAGGAGAUUUUAGUCUGUAGUUUUCCUUCUCUGUUUUUGAUCUGCCUGGCUUUGGAAUCAGUACCAUAUUUCUGUCAUAAAAAGAAUUUGGUAGAAUUCCUUCUUUGUUUAUUCUGUGAAAUAGUUUGUCUAAUAUUGGGAUUAGUUGUUCUUUGAAUGUUUGAUAGAAUUCGUUUGGGAAUCCAUCUGCUCCUGGGGAUUUUUUCUUAGGGAAUUCUUUGAUAGCUUGUUCAAUUGCUUUUUUUGAUAUGGGUUUUUUUUUUAGGUAGUCUAUUCAUCUGUUAGUCUAGGCAAUUUAUAUUUUUGUAAAUAUUAAUCCAUGUCACCUAGAUUGCCAUAUAAUUGGGCAUAAUAAAUUUUAAUGAUUGCCUUAAUAUCCUUUUUAUUAGAGGUGAUGUCUCCCUUUUCCUCUUGUCAAUUUUGUUUUAGUCUUUCGUUUUUAAAAUUAGAUUGACCAGUACUUUGUUUAUUUUAUUUCUUUUUUCAAAGUACCAGCUUCUAGUUUUAUUUAUUAAAUCAAUAGUUCUUUUACUUUCAAUUUUAUUAAUUUCUCCUUUGAUUUUUAGGCUCUCUAAGUUAGUCUUCAUCUGAGGAUUUUUAAUUUGUUCCCUUUCUAGUUUUUUAAUUUGUAUGCCCAAUUCAUUGACCUCUGUCCUCCUGAAUUUGUUAAUAUAUGAACUCAAGGAUAUAUAUUUCCCCCUGAGUAAUUCUUCGGCAGCAUCCCGUAGAUAUUGAAAGGACGUGUCUUCAUUGUCAUUUUCUUCAGUGAAUUUAUUAAUUGUUUCUAUGAUUUGUUCUUUAACUAACAGUUUUUUGAGAAUUAUAUUGUUUAAUUUCCAUUUAAUUUUUGAUUUGCCUCUCCAUGUACCUUUUACUAAUUAUUAUUUUUAUUGAAUUGUGGCCUGAGAAAGUUGCAUUCAUUAUUUCUGCUCUUUUACACUUCUUUGCAAUAUUUUUAUGCCCUAGUACAUGGUCAAUCUUUAGGAAUGUACCACGUGCUGCUGAAAAGAAGGUGUAUUCCUUUUUGUCCCUAUUUAUUUUUCUCCACAUGUCUACUAACUCUAAUUUUUCUAAGAUUUCAUUCAGUUCUCUUACCUCUUCUUAAUUAUUUUUUGGUUUGAUUUAUCUAGUUCUGAUAGAGGAAGUUUCAGGUCUCCCACUAAUAUAGUUUUUCUAUUUUUUAUCUUUGAGCUCCACUAGUUUUUCCUUUAGAAAUUUGAAUGCUCUGCCAUUUGGUACAUACAUUUUGAGUACUGAUAUUUCCUCAUUAUCUAUACUGCCUUUUAUCAGGGUGUAAUUAACUUCCUUAUCUCUUUUAACUAGAUAUAUUUUUUAUUUGGCUUUGUCAGAGAUUAUGUUUGUAAUUCCUGCCUUCUUUUUAACAGUUGAUGGCCAAUAGAUUUGGCUCCAUCCUCUUACUUUUAUCCUAUGUGUGUCUACCUUCGUCAUCUGUGUUUCUUGUAGACAGCAUAUGGUAGGGUUUGGGAUUCUAAUUCACUGUGCUAUUCACCUGCAUUUCAUGGGUGAUUUCAUUCCAUUCACAUUCAGAGUUAUGAUUACCAGCUGUGUAUUUACCAGCAUUUUGAUUUCCACUCCUAGUCCUGCCUUUUAUUACCUUUAUACCAAUAUUUUGUUUUUAAUCAGUCCCCCUAAUUUCUUGGUUACCUGCUCUGCGCUUCUUUUCCAACUGCUUCCCCACCACCUGUGUUCAACUCUCUGAGCCUAGCACAGCUUUGCCUGCAAGGUAUUCCCUCCAGACUAGCACCCUUGCCCACCCAGAGCUUCCAGCAACUGAUGGAGGCUCAGUGUUCUCCUGGGGUCCUGGGAUCUUCCUUUUUCCUUCCCCUUAUACACAAGUGUUCUUGAAUUCAGGAUUUUGGGGGGUGUGCCUUUUAAGUUGAGUCCAGCAGAAGGGUUCCUUGGCCCUGUCCUUUUGUUAGGUUUGGUUUUCAGUCCCCUAGGCGCAUUUAGUUUUUAUUCUGUGAGGAAGGGUUUUCAGAGGUCUAAAGUUUUGCUACCUCCUGUGUAUUCCUGACUGCAGAUCCAUGAAAUCUGAUUGCUUAUUUUUAGUAGUUGGUAGUAUAUUUUUGUUGGCAGUAUAUUUUCUGGUCUAAAAGUUCUUGAACCUGACUAUACCAUUCCUGGGUAUUGUCAUUUGGGGAUUUAAUGCAGGCGAAGAUCUGUGGAUUUUUUCAAUCUCUAAUUUACCCUCUUGCUUAAGAAUAUCAGGGAAGUUUUCUUGGAUCAUUUUCCUUUUGUCUUGAUUUUUCUUAAAUUGGGUCUCCUGGAUCUGUUUCCUUGUCUGUUGUUUUAUCAAUGAGGUAUGGUAUCAUAUUUUCCUCAAUUUUUUCCAUUCUUUUGAUUUUGUUUUAUAGACUCUUGCUGCCUUGUGAAGUAUUUUUUUCUAGUUUUUCAAUGCUUAUUUUUAAAGACUAAAUUUAAUCCCUAGUUUUUUUUAUCAUACUUUUCAUUUUCAUCUAUUUUUCUUUAUAGGUCAUCUUUCACUUUCUUUGCCUUGUUUUCAAGCUGAUUAAUUCUGGCUUUUAAGAUUAUUAUUUUCUUGUUUCAGUUCAUGUACCUGUUUCCAGAUGAUCUAUUUUGCUUUUUAAAAUUUUCCCCAAAUUUUCUUCAGCCUCUCUUAAUUACUUUUUGAGUUCUUUGAAAGUGUGAGUCCAAUUUGCUGGAGUUCCUGAGGUUUUGCUUGAUGUUCUUUUGUCCUCCUCUGUACCAUUUGUUCUUUCUUCUUUACCUGAAUAGAAACUGUUGUUUGUAAUUUCUUUUUUCUUUUUCACUUCUAUUUUUUCCUUCUUUCUGACUCCUCAUUGGCUAUAUUCUUGCUGCUCUGUUCAUUUCCUGGGUCUGUGAUUUGGGCUUCUCUGAUCUUCUGAUUAACUGGAUGAGGCUGAUGGAAUUAACCUGUUGUAUUAAUGUUCCCUGAGAGCAGAUCUUCCCCAGCUGCUAGCAUAAUCUGAAGGUGAAAGUGAAGCUGUGGAGGCUGAAGAUAGUUAUCCUUGUCCUUCUCACUUCCUUUCUGCCAGCUGCCUGGUCAGAAUCCUGAGCUUCCUGUAGUGGUACCAAGUUACUCUGUCAUAGUUGCAGCCUUCUCCUUGGGAUCCCCAGCAGCAGGAUUCUUACUGCUGGUCUAACAUAAUAGGUGCUGAGUGGUGGAGGAGUGGUGUUGGAGGUUGAGCUUUUCUGUCUCCCUGGAGUUUUUCUUCACUAUCUAUAGAUUGGAUUGAUCCAGUUUAGAUGAUCUACAGAGCUCAAUGAGCUCUGAGGUCAAGCAGGGACCCCAGAUGGAGGAGUGGAAACUGAAGGCUAUGACCAGGCUUCCCUCCUCUCUGCCCUUCUCCUCUAGUGCUGCCUCUCCACCAGCUGUGGUAAUAACCCUGAACCUUGGGUAGCAGUGGUAGCUGGAGCCCUUGCUCUGAGAUCCCAGCAACCACCUACUUCUCAGCAGAGUAGGUGGGGUAAGGGACCUGGAAAUUUCCUUUUUCUAUUCCUUAAACUGAGAAUUCAACAUCUCUGAGUACCUUUUAUGUUGAAUCAAGUAGGAGGGUACCCCAACUCUGUCCUGUUGUUGUAUUUAGUUUUCUGACCUCCUCAAAGAGCUUUUUUUUCAUUGCUAUGGAUGGGUUUUCAUAGAGGAUUUGACUUUUGAUGCUUCUAAGCCACCAUCUUUAUUCUUCCCCAUCCCCUCACUUCCUAAUUCUUUUCCUUCCCCCACAAAAGAUCUGUUUUCAAUAUUUUUGUAUAUGCAAAUCCUUCCCCUUUUUAUUUUUUAUCUCCUUGAGAUAGAAACCAAAUAAUUGCAUUACUGGCUCAAAGAGUAUGUACUGUUAUAGGCCUUUGGACACAGACCAAGCUACUUUCUGGAAUGGUCGAAACAGUUCCCACAAUGAGGCAUUAAUGUCUCAACUUUUCCAUAUCCCCUCCAUGUUUUGUAAUUUUACUUUUCUAUCAUAAGAGCUAAUCUCAUAGGUUGUAAGGUGGUACUUCAGAUUUGUUGUACUUUGCAUUUCUCUAAAUAAUAAUGAUUUAGAGUAUUUUUGCAUGUCUAGAGUUGCAUGUCUAAAGAGAGCUUCAAUUACUUUGCCUGAUAAUUCCCUUUACAUAUCCUUUGACCAUUCAUCAAUUGGGAAAUGACUUGUAUUAUAUCAGUUUUGUGAAGGGUAAUUUGAUAGAGAUCACAUGAUGAUUUGUAUCUUCUCCACCACCUUGUCUCCACCCUCAGCUUUUACUCUUACAAAUUUGAAUUAGUGGAAACUGGAAAGGAGACCCUUUUCAGAAGAAUUGGAAGCAAAGGUCCACCCUAUUACCUCAUUCCUUCUAAUUCUUUUACCUAAGCUAUUUUGUUUGGGAGAGGGGGGACUUUUAAAUUUCAUCUUUAAAACAUAGUUCAUUUUAUCUUGCUAUCUAUACUCUAUCCCUCAAGUGAUCAUAAACUGUCUACCUGUUGAUAAAUUUGAAAGUUAAAAUUUUCCUCAUAACUCUCAGUUUUUUAGCAUUUCACCCUUUAUAUCUUACUAAUUUGAAGUUCAUUUCUCUAAGUCAGGCAAGAUGUUGGUUCAUCCCUAGUUUUUGUCAGAUUAAUUUUCAGAUUUCUUUGAAAAUUUUUUUCAAAUAAUGAGUUCUUACCCUUGAAGGUGGACAAACCUCUUCAUUUUACAUGUGAGGAAACUAAGGCCCAAAGGUAGGACAUGGGAGGGUAAGGAUUUGAAGCCAGGUUUUCUGACUUCAAAUUCACAAGUUCUUUAUAGUGCCAGAGUAAUGAUAAUGAUUGUAACAAUCAACAUUUGAAUCAAAUUUAAAGGUUAACAAAGCAUUUUAUCUCAUUCAUGUAACAUUUCUGAGGCUCAGACAUGGGACUCUCUUUCUCUCUUGUACAGCAUCAGAGAGCUCCUACUUGAAGGUUUUCAACCUCAAAUUCACCAUCCUCAACCUGUUCUACACAACAGACAUGGGUCAAAGGGGCUCCAGCAAAUUCAACUCCAUUGAGGAUGUCCUGCAACCUCUGAUCAACAACUUGUUUAGAAAAAGCAGUUUUGGCCCUCACUAUUUUGGAUGCAGGCUGACUUUGUUAAGGUCUAUGAAGAAUAGGAUAGCAACAGCAGUGGAUGUCGAAUGUGCUUAUCAGGAAGAUUCCUCCGCCCCUGUCCUGGACCGAGAGAAGAUUUACUGGGAGCUGAGUGAACAGACCCAUGGAAAAACAAGGCUGGGACCCUACAUUCUACAUAAGGAAAGCCUUUAUGUGGAUGGGUAUACCCAUCAGAUACCAACCACCACCACAAACACCUGGAGACCCAGUCUAGAGGCUUUCACCCUGAACUUCACCAUCACCAACCUGCUGUACACAGAAGACAUGGGGCAGAAGGAUUCCAUCAAAUUCAAGUCCACUGAAAAGAUUCUUCAGAAUAUGCUUGGCCCUUUGUUUGAGAACAGCAGCCUUGGUUCCAGUUAUUCCAGGUGCAAACUGACUUUCCUAAGGUGAGGCCCAGCAUCCUUAAUGGACUCCAAUUAUGUAGACUUACUUAAAUAAAGCCACCCCUUUCUGCCUCUUCUUAUUCUUCUUCCAAG